AGAAAAGGUAUGGUGCCGAGUGCUGACUCGGCCAAACUACUCCGAGUUCGGGCUGGGGACUCGCAAUCGGACUGCUUUCUUUCUCCCCAUCUAAUGUUUCCAGGUACUGCCAUUUUUGUUCCUUUGUUGUAAGUUUAGGGUCGCAGAUUUUUAUUUUUCAAUCCGAAGCCGCCGAAUCACUUUAAACCCAUGUCCAGAUCUUCAUUCACUCGAUUUUUCUCGCUCUCUGUCACACCCAUAAUCCCCAAAGUUUCCGCUUCACACUUCACCGCUUCUUUGCCAGAUAAAAUUUACGCCCUUUUGCAGAGGAAUCCGGAAAACGCUGAGAGAGCUCUGAAUUCGAUCAAAGCUAAAUUGGAUGCCGCGUGUGUCAAUGAGGUCUUAAACAAAUGCUCCCGAAACGAUUCUCAAAUUGGUCUUCGAUUUUUUAUCUGGGCUGGUUAUCAAUCAAAUUAUAGGCAUAGUUCUUUUAUGUAUGGUAAAGCUUGUCAACUGUUUAAGAUUAAGCAAAAUCCACGAGUUGUUCUGGAUUUAGUCCAGACUUUUAAGGUACGGAAUUGUCUGGUUAAUGUUAAGACAUUUAAGGUCGUUUUGAAUUUGUGUAAAGAGGGUAGGCUUGCAGACGAGGCCCUCGUGUUACUGAGGAAAAUGCCAGAAUUUGAUAUACGGGCGGAUACUAAUGCCUAUAACAUUGUCAUUAAGUUGUUUUGUGAUAAGGGCGAUAUGAAUAUGGCUCAAAAACUGAUGGGAGAGAUGGGUUUGAUUGAUCUUUAUCCGGAUAUGGUCACACAUAUGUCUAUGCUUAAAGGGUUUUGCGAUGUAGGCAAGCUGAAUGAGGCUUAUAGUUUGUUUAAAGUUAUGAAGGCCCAUGGUUGUGCGCCUAAUGUGGUGGCAUAUUCAACACUUAUUGAUGGUAUUUGUAGGUUUGGGAGUGUGGAGAGGGCAUUGGAGUUGUUAGGGGAGAUGGAGAAGGAGGGUGGGGAUUGUAGUCCAAAUAUUCUUACUUACACCUCUUUGGUGCAGGGUUUAUGUGAGAAGGGUAGGACAAUGGAUGCAUUUGCAGUUUUGGAUAGAAUGGAGGCUUUUGGUUGUGCUCCAAAUCGUGUCACAGUUAGUACUUUGCUCAAAGGUCUUUGUGUGGAAGGCCAUCUAGAGGAGGCCUAUAAGUUGAUUGAUAGAGUUGUCAUAGGAGGUAGUGUUUCAUACAGUGAUUGCUAUAGUUCUCUCGUUGUGUGUUUGAUAAGGAUUAAGAAAAUUGAAGAGGCAGAGAAACUCUUUAGGAGGAUUCUAGUUAGCGGAGUGAAACCUGAUGGUUUGGCAUGCAGUGUCAUGAUUAAGGAGCUCUGCUUAAAAAACCGGGUGCUUGAUGGGUACUGCUUAUAUGAAGAAACUGAGAUGAUAGGAUGCUUGCCUACCAUUGAUUCUGAUAUCUAUUCUAUUCUUUUAGUUGGUCUUUAUCAACAAGGCUACUCAGCAGAAGCUGCAAAGCUUGCAAGGACAAUGCUUGAAAAAAGAAUACCUCUAAAACCUCCUUAUGUUGAUGAAGCAGUUGAACACCUGAAGAAAUCUGGGGAUAAGGAGCUAGCUGUUGAUUUGGCUAACAUUGGAAUGUAAUGCACAACAAAAGAUGAAUUUUACUUUCUUUCGAGACCCUUAUUGGAUAUACUAGAGUAGAAUAUUCUAUACUUAAUCAUCGAUUCUCUGAAGUGGGAAGAAAUUAUGAUAUUAAAGAGUAUUAAUUUUUGAAAAUAUUGAUGUUGCACCUUAUUUUGUUCCAUUUUAUAUUGUGGGACUUUGGAAGUGAACUUUGGCAGUCAUCACUCGCUGUUUACUUGAGACGAAUUUGAGAGUACUCUUGAUUCCAGAAUAAAAAUCUGUGUCAUGGGCCAGCUGCAGUUCAUGUGAUUCUUUCCCAGCAGAAAGGGACCCUUAUGCUGAUGCUGUUUAAGCAGAAACUACAACGCUUUCAUCACUACCACUACCAGUAUUUCCUGGCUCUGAAAGAAUGGGCGGUUGCAUUAUUGAAUAGAGGGGAGAUUCUUUUUGUUUUUUGGAAGCAAGACAUUGGAUUGGAGCUUGGACUCAUUCUGAUUUCUCAGAAUACGCUUAAGCUCCCACAGCCCUUUUGUUGCUCUAAUUCAUGUAAUAUACUCAAGUCAAGAGAUCUCAGGUUAUUAAUUUUAA